AUGGAUAAUACAUACCCAGUUUUAAGAUUCCAAAAUUCAGACCCUGCUACCCCAACCCACACAUCUCGGACCAGUGCAUUACCCAAGCUAGGCUUACGUAGAUCUUCUGAAAAGAACAUAUUCAGCAAGAUCCUCUCUAAUCCUAAAAAUGCUACUAUUAAGCCUCCAUCAACUGCUGCAGCUACAUUUUCAAUUGACAAAACAAAAAGUCGGGAUGAAGCCAUUUACCAAAGAAAUCUUCACAAGCCUCGAGUCACUGCCCAAUCCUGAAUUGUUAUAGACGGUAAAAAAGGAAAAGUCUUAUCUGGGAAAGAUAUAGAUACCCCAAGAGAAAUGGCAAGCUUGACAAAAAUCAUGACUUGCUAUAUUGCAAUAACAGAAAUAAAUAGCAGAAAUAUGAGCUUUUAUGACUUUGCGACUGUCUCAAAAGAAGCUGCUUCGAUGGCAGGCACUUCUGCAUCUUUACAAGCUGGUGACGAGAUCACGCUCUGAGAUCUCCUGCAUGGCUUAAUGUUACCUUCAGGUAACGACGCAGCAGUGGCUAUUGCUGAGUACAUUGGGAAAAUAAUAGAUCCACAAAGUGUUAGUCCAAUACAAACUUUUAUCAAAAUGAUGAAUGAAACGUGCAAAAUUUUGAAAUUAAAUGCGACGCAUUUUACAAAUCCUCAUGGAAUGUCAAGCCCAAAUCAUGUGUCUACAGCUAAAAAUAUAGCCAGUUUGGCUUUAAAUGCAAUGAAUAUUGCAGAGGUUAGAGAAAUCGUACAGGCUGAGAGCUACAGAUGUAAAGUGAAGAAUGGGGGAAAUAGAAGGGAAAUCAUUUGGUUUAAUACCAAUAGAUUGCUGAAAUUUGGGUUUUCUGGGUUAAAAACUGGGUUUACACCAAGUGCAGGGCCUUGCUUGUGCUGCUCUGUAGAAAAAAGAAGAAUAAAAAGAAUUAUUGUUUUAUUGAAUUCAGUUUCUAUGGAAAGCAGAUGGAGUGAAGGGCUAGGGUUAUGGAAGUGGAGCAGCAAGUAUUUUUAA